AAAAGAUGAAUUGUGUAAUAUUGUAAAUCUAGAGCGGACAAUGAGGUCAGGCACCAGAGCGGAUAUGACGACUAACGGAUAUGACGAAACAUUAUCAUGGCAGGCGAAUAACAACAAAGAAGCGAAGCGGUACAACAUUGAUUCUUUUUUUAUUUGUGCUAUACAAAGCUUAAUUACUUGCCUGCUUUUAUAAAUAUUGUGCAGGUUAAACGUUACUGCUAUGUGUAUGAACUAUGCAUUCAACUAAGGAGGAGCGACGUUAUUUUUGUCAAACGUGUCAAUCGUUCCCUGUUUCAGUUUAAAGUUUCCUUCAUGCCGCUUUUUGUACCUAGUAAAUAAAAAAUAAGGGACCAGUCGUCGAACAGUUUUUAUGAGGCAUGGAGAGCACACACGUGGAGGCAUCCAGCUCAGGUACAGAGCAGCAGUCAGCCCAGGCUUCUGUUGCAGAAGUGUCAUCUUCUCAAGAGCAGGAUUCUCCGUCCAGUAGAGCUGAAACAUCCAGGAGAAAACCUGUGCCAGCUAAGGGAAAAGGGGUAAAAAGAAAAGCAGAUUCCAACAGAAAUGAUAAGAGCAAGAAGAAAAAGCGGAAAAAUAGCCAACCAAGACCAAAUUAUACAGUCCAGGAGGGAGAAGACAUGCUUUUGAUUAUAUCGAAUAUAAGUAGUGGCGACAGCAUAUGGAAACCAAAGCGUAAAGGAUGUAAGAAGAAGAAGAAGGUAAAGGGCAAGAAUGAAACCUCUUCACUUCAAAAGAAAAGAAAACCUGCCAAAAUCAAAGUCGCUGAGGAAUCAGUUGAUAAACGUGUCGAUUUGGACAGUGUGCACGCGGAUGGUUUUGACCACUGGGGUCAAAGUUUACCAAUAGAGAUACUGGUGAAAAUCUUCCAGUUUGCAGUCCUUCUGGAUGGAGCUGUACCUUUUCUAUGCAGGGUUGGUAGAGUUUGUCGUCUAUGGAAUGGGGCUGCAUCCUCUCCGGUCCUGUGGCGCAGCGCGUCACUUGGCUACUGCUGGAUUGAACCUGGUAAGAGUCAGUUACCUGGGACAGAACAGAAGAUUAGGAACACUAUAGACUGGCUUGCACAAAACAGAUUAUCUCAGAUGAGGGACUUCUCACUUUGCCACUGGAAAAAACAUGUUGAUUAUGUCAUUGAGAGAGUUUCACAAUGCUCCCCCAAUCUUCAUUCUGUCAAGCUUUCCUAUUGCACCGGGUUGACAGAAAAAGCCUUCCAGAGUCUUGGUGCUGGCUGUCCAUCUUUAGAGACUUUAAAUGUUCAACAAUCAGAGUUCCAUGUUGAUGGUCUGGUGUCUUUCCUCGAGACCUAUGGAAACCAAAUCAAGAGUAUUUACUUCACACACAGCCCCAAGAGUGACAGGCUUCUCGGCAUUUUGUCUAAAGGUUGCUGUCCCGACCUCCAAUUGCUAGAGAUCAACACUAAAUUAGAUGGAGGAUACUGCCAGCUUCCCAUAUGCAUUCAGGCUUUGCAGAUUGGAUGCCCCAAACUUCAGACUUUAAGGUUAAUGAAUGUCACUCCAGUUCCUAAAAUGAUCCGCAACACACCCAGUUCAACGUCCGGUUUUCCGCUGAUGGAGGAGCUCUGCAUUGCCACUUCCUCUCACUCAUUCAUGUCUGACAGCGACCUGAGCAAUGUGCUCCACAGCUCCCCCAAUCUGCGAGUGCUGGACCUGCGUGGCGCCUCCCGCAUAACAGCCACUGGCUUGUAUGCUCUGCCUUGUGAAAGACUGGAGUGUUUAUAUUGGGGAUUGUACUUCAAUACCAAUACCAUGGUGGCUUCCAAGAAAGGCAUACACAUGCUGUCUCAGAAAUGGACUAACACCCUCAGGGAGCUUGAUUUGGCCAAUCAGCCAUUCUCAGAGGAAGACUUGGAGAUCACCAUGGGACAUCUUGCACAUGGUGUGGGAGUUGAUUCUUUUAAAUCUUUGAAUCUCAGUGGAACUAAAAUCACUUCAUCUGCCCUCAGGUUACUGAUAGGCCAAACACCAGCUCUGAAGUACUUGAAUCUGUCCUCGUGCCGGUAUCUGCCCAGAGGACUCAAACGUAUAUAUCAUGGUCAAGAAGACAUUCAACUGCUUCUAGAAAAAUUAAGCUGAACAUGUAUUUGUUGGAGAAAUUCAGAUGUCUGUAUUGAAGAAAACUGAUAUUUUAUACAGUUUUUUCCCAAAUGUACUUUUUGAUGUAAAUUUUAUUAGGUUUUUAUACAUAGAAAGUCGCUUCGCAGUUAGUUUUGAAAUGUGUCUUCAUAAAUAUUUGUCUGGUCUGAACUAAACUGUUUUUUUUUUUAAUG